GCGCUGCAGUGCUUAGACCUUUAUUUUACUGUGUGACCUUUCACAAAGCUCGGCCUUAAUAUGUCUCAGAAGCCCACUUUAUAUUACGCGCUCUUUAGUCCUCCCGCAAGAGCCUGCAUUAUAACUGCAAAGCUUAUUGGACUGGAAUUGGAACUUAUAGCCGUUGACUUUUCAAAAAAGGAGCACUUGAGCUCGGAGUUCUUAAAGCUUAAUCCACAGCAUCAGAUUCCCGUGUUCGUCGACACGGACGGAGAGGUGUACGUGGACAGUCAUGCCAUUAUUUGCUUCAUGGUGGCCAAGUAUGCUAAAACCGAUCAGCUAUAUUCCAAAGAUUUGAAGCGUCGUGCCCACAUCGAUCAUCGCAUGCACUUCGAGAGUGGCGUACUCUUCCAGGUGAUCAAGGACAUUGUGGCCCGUAACAUCUAUGGUGGCGAAGCGGAGUUCAAUGCACGCUCUGUGGAACUAUGCCAUAAUGCUUAUGCCUCCUUGGAGCAUUUUCUAGAGCAGGGCAGCUUUGUGGUUGGCCAGGAGCUGAGUGUGGCCGAUGUCUCCAUACACACGACACUCAUAACACUGGACUUGCUGGUGCCCGUGGAUCAGGAGAAGUAUCCGCAAAUUAACGCCUGGCUGGAGCGCAUGAAGCAACUACUGCCGGACUAUAAGGAGAUUAAUCUUAAGGGUGCUCAGGCUCUGCAGCAGCGUAUUCUCAACUGUAUGGCGGAGCACAAGGCCAAAUUGAAAAAUUAAACUCACACAUAUGUAUAUAUUUUAAAUUUGAAUUUAUUUGUUUAUAUAAGCUAACUGGAUUAAAUUCUGGCUACGCUAAA